AUGUGGCUCUGUGAUUCCUUUGCCACAGACUUGCGCCCCCUGGAUAUUCUCUCGGAGGUGGUUCCGGCUAAUGGUGUCAGUAGUGGGAUCCGAAUGCUCCAAGUGCAGGGGGCCCGUGGGUUUCAGUUUUCUGCAUCAGCACACCAGGCCCUGAGCUUCCCAGCUUCCCAGAUUUUCCUCUACUGUGACCUUUUCCCAGAGGAGUUCUCCAUCAUCAUCACCCUGAACGUCUUCAGCACCCCAUCAAAGAAAAUGGAGUACAUCUUUACCGUGGUGAGGGAGGAGAGCCACACGGAGCUGGUUGGGCUCAGCUACUCGCGGAACAAACUCCACUUCCUCUUCUGGAGCAGAGAGCUCUCCGGCGGCCGGGAGACCCGGGUCACCUUCCGCGGCGUCUCCUUCUCCGACGGCCAGUGGCACACGCUCGUCUUGGCCGUGUCCGGGCGAUUCUUCUCUCUGACCGUGGACUGCAGUGCCCCCGUUGACGGGGUGGCGGACAGGCCCUUCCCCGCGUCCUUGGCCACGGAGGGAUCGGAGGAAAGGGCUGUUCACGGUAAGCGUCUCUCGGGGCGUGGGGUUGGCUCGGGCUUGCUAAGGCAGCUUGUGCUGCUGCCAGGCGCCGAUGCGACCUCCCAGGUGUGCGCUAGCGUGAACUUGCAGCUCGCCGUGCUCUCCAUCCCCCCCGCGCUGCAGGAGCGCCCCCCGACGCCGGCGAGCUCCGAGGGGCUGGGCCCCCCCGGGGCUGACGUGCAGGUGACGCUGGGACCCCGCCCGCCCUGCGUGGAGACGGAAAAGGCCCGGCUGUGGUUUAAUGCUUCGCGGAAAGGCCUCUACCUCUGUGACGGGCGCGCCUGGGUCGCCGUGCUGGAAGCCCGAGAGAGGCUGGACUACGUGGAAGAAUACCAGAACUUGAUGACCAACUCGGAAACGUUGGGCGUUGAGAUCUUCGUCAUUCCAAAGGUGGGGCUUUUUGCGGCCACAGCCAAUCGGCACUCGCCCCCGGGGUCAGCUGUCUACAAAUGGACGAACGGGAAAUUCCUGUCUUACCAAAACAUCCUCACCUCCCAAGCUCAAUCCUGGUGCUAUUUCACCAUCGGCAACAAGAUCUUCCUCGCAGUGGCUAAUUUUGAGCAGAACGACCGGGGCCAGGAGUUCUCCAUCAUUUACAAGUGGAGCCGCCGGACGGAGACGUUCCUCCCGUACCAGCGGAUCGCCCGGUUGGAGGGCGAGGCUUUCCUGGCUGUUGCCAACCACAGAAAAGGGGACAAUCACAACAUCAACAGCGUCAUCUACCGGUGGAACCCCAGGCGCAGGCUUUUCGAGGCCAACCAGACCAUCCCUACCUCCGGAGCCUACGACUGGGAGUUUUUCACCGCCGGCCCCUACGCGUUCCUGGUGGUGGCCAACACAUUCAACGGCACCUCUACCCAGAUCGACUCCCACAUCUACCUCUGGCUCGGGGGCUCCUUCCAGCUCUUUCAGUCCAUCCUGACUUUCGGUGCUGCCGACUGGGAGGUCUUUCGCAUUGGAGACCGACUCUUCCUGGCUGUGGCCAACAGUCACCGUUACGGCAGUGGAGCCGAAGUGCCGAACAACUCCUACGCCAUCAACUCCUCCAUCUACGAGCUGCACGUCCCGGCGCAGAUGUUUGUCAAGUUUCAGGAUCUCCUCACCUACAGCGCCCUGGACUGGGAGUUCUUCUCCGUGGGAGAAGAUUAUUAUCUGGUGGUGGCAAACUCCUUUGAUGGAUUCACCUUCUCCGUGGACAGUGUUAUAUACAGGUACCGGCCCCGUGGCCCCCCUUACCGCCAUAGGCUCACGGAGAGGCCUUGUCCGUCCGUCUGCAGCCACAGCCCAGACGACAGGGACGGCUCAGUCGGCUGUAACGGGUCACUGCCUCUCUGCAGCCUGCUCCGCCUGCCCGGGAACUCGGCUGCUCUGCGUGAAGCAGACCAAGCAGGAAAUGCACAAGGGAGUUUAUCCCUCCCCCUCCCCCUGCUCUCGUUACCGCCUGCAGAGCCAUUCCUCUGA